UUCACCCAGGGGCAGGGGGCUCUGCUGGACCCCACUCAGAGAGCCUUCUACAGGGACGUCAUGCAGGAGAACUACGAGACACUGACCUCACUGGGAUUUCCAAUUCCCAAACCUGAGCUGAUCUCCCGCCUGGAACGAGGGGAAGAGCCGUGGGUCCCGGAUCUCCAGGUCUGCGAGGAAAGAGAGAGCCUGAGAGGCAACUGCACAGGUGCUGAGCGAGGGAGUGAAAACAAGGAGGAGAAUCAUCAUGAGGAGGUUCCUGGGGAAGUGAAACCACAGGGAACCUUUGUGGGAAGAGCUGAAGGGAAUUUUUCCCAGUGCUGGGACCAGGGAGAAGCCUGGGAAAAUUGGCAGAAGUCAGAGAAGCUGCUGGGGAACCACCCAAGAUAUAAACUGGAUGAAUCUAUUAAAUGUGGGAUUGGAGACAAGGAUCCCACAACCCAGCAGACAAAUUCCAAGGAAGACAAACGCUAUGAAUGCCUCAGUUAUGGGGAAGGAUUCAUUGUGAGAUCACAGCUUGUUACACAUCAGACAAUCCAUACUGGAGAGAAACCCCUUCAAUGCUUGGACUGUGGGGAAAGGUUCAAUAAUCGCUCAGCCCUGAAUAACCAUGGGAGAAGCCACAGAAGAGAGAAACCCCCUCAAUGCCUUGAGUGUGGAAAAUGUUUCAUUUGGAAGUCAGAACUAAUUAGACAUCAGCUAAGCCACACAGGAGAGAGACCCCAUAAGUGCUUUGACUGUGGGAGAAGUUUCAAACAGAGGUCAGACCUUGUUAAUCAUCAGGCAAUCCACACAGGAGAAAGACCCCAUAAGUGCUUGGACUGUGGGAAAUGUUUCAUACGGAGGUCAAUCCUUGUUAAUCAUCAGAGAAUCCACACAGGGGAGAGACCCCACAAGUGCGUGGACUGUGGGAAAAGUUUCACAUGGAGAUCAGACCUUAUUAAACAUGAGAGAAUCCACACAGGAGAGAGACCUCACAAGUGCUUGGACUGUGGGAAAAGUUUCAGUCGGAGGUCAGCUCUUUUAAAACAUCAGGCGUUACACACAGGAGAGAGACCGCAUAAGUGCGUGGACUGUGGAAAAAGUUUUAUACAGAGGUCAGACCUUGUUAAACAUCAGGCAAUCCACACCGGAGAGAGACCCCAUAAUUGUGUAGAUUGUGGGAAAAGUUUCAUGCGGAGGUCAGACCUUGUUAAACAUCAGGCAAUCCACACCGGAGAGAGACCCCAUAAGUGUGUGGAAUGUGGAAAAAGUUUCAUACAGAGGUCAGACCUUCUUAAACAUCAGAGAAUCCACACAGGAGAGCGAUACCCACAAGUGUUAUCUGUGGAAAAGGUUUCCAUAUGGCGGUCACACCUCGUUUAAAACAUCAGAGAAUCCGACACAGGAGAGAACCUCACAAGUGCUUAGACUGUGGAAUGUUUCCAUACAGAAGAUCAAACCUUGUUAGA